ACCAAGAAAUACUCUGCUGUGCUCUUUGGAGUUGCUUUUCCCCUCGCCCCUCUCUCUCCCUCUCACUAGUUUGUUGCUACAAAAUCGGGCAGAUUUGUAGCACCAAUCGAGAAACGGCAUAUAAUAAGGGAUCGAUUCUGACACGCAGUUCGAAAUCUUCUCUCCGCCGUCGCCGCCGCCGCCGCCGCAGCGAGUAAAAAAAUAAUUCAAGCUUUUGAUGACUGCUGCCGUCACGGAUGGCCACCAAGCGCGCGUACAAGCUCCAGGAGUUUGUUGCGCAUGCUUCGGAUGUCACUUGUGCCAAGUUUGGGAAGCGAACAUCAAGAACUCUCAUCACUGGUGGGGAGGAUCAGAAGGUCAAUCUUUGGGCUGUAGGGAAACCUAGCGCUGUCCUGAGCCUCUCAGGCCAUACAAGUCCAGUUGAGUCACUGAGCUUUGAUUCCUCUGAGGUUAUGAUAGGUGCCGGAGCAGCAACCGGAACAAUAAAAAUAUGGGAUAUCAAGGAAGCAAAAGUUGUUCGAACUUUCACUGGGCAUAGAUCAAAUUGCGCCUCUCUUGAUUCCCAUCCUUUUGGAGAAUUUUUUGCGUCUGGGUCUUCAGAUACAAACAUGAAAAUAUGGGACAUGCGGAAGAAGAGAUGCAUUCACACAUACCAGGGUCAUACCGGGAGGAUUGAUGUGCUUAGAUUCACUCCUGAUGGUCGGUGGAUUGUUUCUGGUGGGGCUGAUAGUUCUGUGAAGAUCUGGGAUUUGACAGCUGGAAAGCUCUUGCAUGACUUUAGGCUUCAUGAAGGCCCAAUUAACUGUUUAGAUUUUCACCCCCACGAGUUCUUACUGGCCACAGGUUCAGCUGAUAAAACUGUUAAAUUUUGGGACCUUGAGACUUUUGAGUUGAUUGGAUCUUCUGGACCGGAGAAUUAUCGGGAAUACUAUAUGCCGGCUAGUGUAGUUCGUUCUAUGACAUUCAACAGUGAUGGCAAAGCACUUUUUUGUGGAUUACAUGAAAACUUGAAGGUUCUUUCAUGGGAACCUAUCAUAUGUCAUGAUGCAGUUGAUGUUGGCUGGUCAACAUUAGCAGAUCUAAAUGUACAAGAGGGAAAACUUCUUGGUUGCUCAUAUAACCAAAGUUGUGUGGGAAUAUGGGUUGUGGACUUGAUGAAAUUUGAUCCAUACACUGUCGGUAGUGCGGAAGCAUUUUGGAAUGGAACUGGUAAUGGGCCAUUACAAGCUGAUAAUAGCAUAUCAUCAAUGCUGGGAAGUUUAUCGAUUUCCAGAAGACCAGAAGCCAAUGAAACUCCAUCCAGUACAUUGCUUAAGCGCCCGAUGUCUAUGUCGAAAGAAACUUCUGUACCAGUUUCUUCUGCAGUGAGGAAGAGAUUAUCAAAAGCACCUGGAAUAAAUAAUCUUCGGCUGACAAGAGCUGAAUCUGCACCUCUUCUUUCUCCUAGGGUUAGAUUGAAGCCAAAUUCUACUGACCACCAGAAGAGACACAUAGCUAAUGUUCGCUUCAAAGUGGAUCUCUCUACAAGUGCCAGAAUGAUCGCUGGUAACUCACAGGCUUCUGCUGCUCCCACAUAUAUAACUAGGUCCAAUAUAUUUGCAUGUAGUAGUGAAGGAUCCGCUUUCGUGCCUGGUGUUGUCCCAAGGCAUGUUUCUAAAGUGGAUGCUGGUUCCAAUCUCAGUGAAGCUGCCGCUGCUGACUUACCAGGUCAUCUGGCUGUGGAUCAUGACAAAGAUGUUCAUCGCUGCAUAUUUCAGUCAAAACCAAUUACUUCAAAAACUCCACAAAGGAAAUUUAUAAGAGAAACAUCAAGUAAUGGGGACAUUAACUGUUUUGGACCAUUGUGCACUGAAAGUGUUCAGUCUAACAAAGUUGAUGACUGGUAUGAUGUUUGUGGUUUUGAAGAAACAAAAUCAGCAGUUGGAAGGAAUCCACAAUUUGUGAAUGUUAACAGAGCAGUAGUGUUUGGAUCGAGCCAACUGGUGGAUCGAGGAACGGGACAUUUAUGUGCGAGUUACGAGAGAAGCGAGUACGCACCAACGUCAGAUGGCUUGAGACAAUCUUCAUUUGCUGGAGAACGCAGUGCAUCGGCUAAUGAUGACGAUCUUAUAGCUGACCUAAUGCAAAACCAUCAAGAAUUCAUUCAUGGCGUGAAGUCGCGGCUGACAAAACUAGAGCUUGUGUACCGCUGUUGGCAAAAUAACGAUAUCAAGGGCUCUGUCAGUGCUAUGCGAAGAAUGUCGGAUCAUGCUGUUACUGCUGAUAUAAUUAAUGUUCUUAUUAUGGAAAAGAGUACCAAGUAUAUUACACUAGACAUUUGCACUUCUGUUUUACCUCUCGCCUCCAAUCUUCUUGAAAGCGGAUAUGACAGACAUUUGAACGUUGCCUUGGCGACGAUCCUUAACCUUGUCAAAAGCUUCCGUGCAUCAAUCUUUUCUACUUUGUCGUCUACUCCACCAGUCUGUGUAGACCUCGAAGCAGAGCACCGGUUGGAACGCUGCAGUAUAUGCUUUCAAGAGCUGGAAAAGAUAAAUGCAAGUCUCAUCUCCUUGACAAGGCGAGAAGGCAAGGUUGGGAGAUCAGCACGGGAGCUGAGCCUCCUCCUUCAGGAUAUCUUCAAGACACCAAGCAGUGUAUAAAUGCAGAAAUUUCACCCUUUUUCUUUUGUACAUGAAAUACGUAGCGACGUAGGAUUAACAGCUACGAUGACAGAAGAAAUAUACGGGAAGUAGAUACAAGUAGGGCAAAAUGCAUGUCAUUUUCCGAUAGAGAUACGCAACAUCCAGUUUGAGGUUAACUGGCUGAAGAGCAGCUGCUGCAGCAGAGUGGUGGCAUACAGGAAACCAAAGCUUGAUAUAUUCUUUUCGCUCCUUGUCUCUGUGACUGUGGAUCAAUGAACAACUGUAUAUGACACCUUCAGCUCUCAGCUCUGCAUCUAUGUUGACAGUGCAUACAGUGAAAAAAGUAUGAAGAAGAUCUUACCUUGUCUUUAUAUCUGAUAAUGAUAUAUCAAAGAUUUUAGGAUGGCUGA